AUGCGGAGAAAAAGCGACAGGAUCUCGAGCGAGGCGGUCGACGGCCAUCCGCUCUGCGUCUCCUCGCGCUUCUGUCCCUUCUACAAGCCUCCGUCAGCCCUCCGGCCGUCUUCGCCUCGCGUCUCGUCGCCCUCAGCCGCCGCACUCGGCGGCGCGGGAGCGAGCAGCUUCGCGACCUACGUCUACUCCUCAGAAGCCUCAUCGGCGUCCGCUGCAAAUGCGAAAGUGCGAGUGAGCGCCGCAGAUGGUGUUACAGAGUCUGAGGGCCGAGUCGAGCAGAAUGGAGAGACAGUCUUCGAUGAAGACGGGAAGCUGCGGGGCUGCCUCUGUCGGCACUUGGAGAGCGACCCGAGAAUCAAGUUCAAGACGAUUGAGACGAUUGCGCGCGAGCGCGGUAAUAUUCACGCAAAGUCCUACGUUUUCGUUGAGGAAUACUCGCCAACAGAGGCGCCCGCGCUGCCCCCCUCGCGGCCCCCCGCAGCGAGCACGCGCCCAGGCAUUUCGCGGAGCGGCAAGAAGGCGAAGGAGCUCCGAGACGCCUUGCGGAACUUACCUGGAAACAAGCACUUUAUCUGCGGACGAGAUCCUCUGAGGAAACAGGGCAACGACAACAUAAACAAAUGGAUGGACAAGCACGUGGCUGUGCCGAUGCGGGCCUGCGAUCGCGUGGCGGGCACGCCGAAGCGAACAGUUCGCGAGGAGCUCCUUCUUGCGCUCGAGGAGGGAGUCGUCCACGACUUGAUUUCGCCCGCGGAGAUCCUGGACUCCGCCCACCACGUCAAGCGCGUCGCCAACUGGAGAAAUACGCAGGAAGACCGCGCAGGCGUCCUGGGAUGCAUGUGGACAGGCCCAUAUGUCGGGUUGGGAGAGACGCUGGUGGCGGGCAUCUACGUGGGCGAAGUGCGCCACGGCGAGGCACCGUGGUCAGACUCCGAGGAGGACGACUUGAGGACUGCGCCCGACUACUCGUUCGACUGCGGCUGGCGAGACACCUCGAUGAAGUUCCUCGCCAUGGAAGAGAGUCGCAAGCGUGUUCGCUUCCACGAGCGAGCCGUCGCACACCUGCGCCAGCAGAAAAAGAAAAAGAAAGGCCCCAAGCACUUCUCCAAGCCCAUGUACAAAGACGAAGACAGCGCUGGAGAGUGUCGGGCGGUGCUCCUGAGUCCAUAUGGGAACAGACUUUGGAAGAAGCCGUUUAUGGUGAUUUCUCUGCGACGUCCGUGUCGAAUUUCGUGUUUCUGUUAUGCCAGCGCCGAGUCACAUACGAACGCCGCGCACGUUGUCCCGCAUGAUGCAGAAAUUGGCGUUCAGCCUGAUGGUACAGUCGUGCUUCCCGACGACCAGUACCUCUGUCUGGACUCGAGUCGCUACUUCAAUCUCAUGUCGCUCGUCAACGACAGCCGGGACGUGCCUGGGCAACGGAGACUCAAGGCGAACCUUUGGAUAUACGAGCUGCAUUUCGAAGGGUUCCCUUUCUUCGUCUUCAUGAAGCGCAUGGAGAGCGACUUGAGACACAUGGAAGAGUGUCUCGUGAACUGCGGCGCGCAGUACCGCUUUAACCACUUACAGCCGCUCUGCGAAGAGGCGCUGUCGCAUGCAGUGGCUCGAAAACCGGAGAAGGAUUCUCUUUCGCCUCCGCUGACUUGCUUUCCUCGCUGCUGCGACCGCUUUCUUGUCCCCCUUCGCGUGACCGCGCUACCCAGGAAGAUCACGCUCGCGGCGUACUCAGGCUGCCGUGGUGGCGAUUUGAACAUCGCGAUGAUUUUUUUGACUGCAUGCACCAAGACAAACGCACUCUGCAGGCCACAAAAAGCGAAGUCUUAUGUCGUUUCCGUUGCCGCUCUACAGACGAUCAAAAAGAAUCCCGAAAAAAUCUGGGAGUCCGACAGCGACUUGGGUGCCUAA